GAUUGAGCACUCGCGAUCUCCACGCUGAUUGGUCGGCGCGCUACAUGUGCUAGCUUUUGUUCACGCGACUCGCGAGGUCUGUUCUCUCUUCAGCCUCGAAGAUAGCGAUUCCUUCGAUAAGUUGUAACGAGCAGAUCAUCGGCGAAUCGUCAAUGGGAAAUUGUAGCGAUCGGAACGAAUCGCACUUGCGAAACUCGCGGUUUCGCCGGUAGACCUCGCGGACAUAACGUGACGACACACUUGCGGAAACAGGUGGGAACAGGUCGAGAAACCCGAUCGAGCGUGUAGAUCGAUGGCGGUCGCAGGUGCAGCAAUCGCGGUGCAUCUCCUCCCACCAAAUGACCGACCACCCGCGUAUUGGUCGCAGUCCCUUUAAAAUUUGAAUCACUGUCGGUUACGAGGCUGAACGUUGCAACGACAUGCGCGUGAGCGGCGCGAGUGCGCGCCUGUGUUUUAGCUGCGCGUGAGGCGUAAUUGCGACGGCGGUGGACGCGCGAGCAACCUGUUGAUCGUCGGCUCGAGAGAGGUGGCGCGUGACCAAAUCGCUCGUUUCCAUUUCGACACAACUCGAGGAUCCCCUGCGAAGAUUGCGUGAACGCAACGAUGUCCGAGUCGAGUGGCGACAACGCGAAGUACAAGUGGACGCCUGAGAGCACCACGCUCCUUGUUUCGGUAUGGUCCGACCGACAGGUACAGAAGCAAUUGGAGUACGCCUCCAGACCACUGAUAAUCUGGGAGAACGUGGCGCGCUACAUGAUGAAAAAGGGCUACAACGUCACAGGCAAGCAAUGCCGUUCACGCAUGAAGCAAGUCCUAGUGUGUUACCGGGAGGCAAAACGUGCCGGCACCAAUGCUGGCAUCGAACAAUAUUAUGAGACCGUUGACCGUGUGCUAAGACACAAACGUUUGGAACAUGUCAAUAUCAAUGGCAUAGAUACAGUAGACGCAACUGCAAAUUACAUAAAGUCACCUGCGAAGGAUUUGAAAACCAACAAGAAUCUGCAGAUGAGACUGAAAGUGCAGGAGCCUGUGCAAUCUCUCUUUCGAACGGAGGCUCUAUCUCCCACAUGGGUGACAGGACGUGAGAAUGAAUAUCCAGAUUCACCCGAAUCGAAUGAGACCAUAAUAGCCAAACCGUACAGAGUUCUCUCGCCUACGAGGGACGUUGCCAUAAAUACCAAUGAGCACAUGAUCCAAUUUGACAAUCGGGCGAUACAAACGAAUCCAGUGAUGAUGGAGAAGCCGAUACGGGAGAAUUAUCACAAGGAUAUACUGGCGUCCUAUCCAUAUGGAGAGAUUCCUUAUCAAAACACGGUGCAGAACGUGCAAAAUCAGAUCAUUCAAGAGAACAUGCAGCAAUAUCAGAGCACUCAGCAACAGAAUCAGAUGGCAUGGAAUCAGCUGCCGCAGCAACAGAACGUGCCAACGAGCAACCGAUUUGGCUACCAGCGAAACGUGCACGUUUUGAAUCAGCAACUUUUGCCGAAUGGGGUGACGCAAGUCAGAAACGUCGUGCAAAACCCUAACAUGGCGGAUAUUGUGCGUCAGCAGAAUCAGCUGCAGCAGAGUGCACCGUACGCGGACAAUCGGGCGAUGCCGCAAGAGCCGCGUAAAAUAGCUUUUGGGCAAAAUACGAUAAUGACGUACAAGCAGUACGGCGAUACCGUCGUGCCUCGUCUCUCUUGCGUGACGGACAAGCAGAGCGGUUCAUUAUCGCCGGACUACUCGCCGGACGUGUCGCAGAACUUGAACAAUGCCUUCUGUCAACCGAAGAGCGGCGAGAUGAAAACGCAUAGUUUAAAUGAGACUUUCAGCCAGCCGGCCAAUCUGAAUAACGCUAUGCCAAUGUCCAAUCCAGAUACGACCGUCCUGACGAACAAUGCUACCUGUAAUGAUGAUAGCAUGUUACUGGAAUUCUUGCUGGACUCGCCUACUCCAUCAGAAAACGGCGGAAAGUUGAGGGACAACGCUGUGAACACCGACACCGAGACACCGAGCGCACCGUUCAGGAAGAAGAAGGCGCAGAAAUUGGAGCAGCUGAUGCUAAACGCGAUCAAUUCUCAGAAUGAAGUUGUUAACAAGAUUCUGGCUGCGCAGAGCGACAUGGUGACGCGGUUUCUCGACGUAGACAGAGAUCGGCAAAACAGACUCGAGAACAGGCUGGAUCAUUUAUUGAACGUCGUCCAUGCUUCAGUACUCAACAAAAAUGAGUCCUCGCCACCGCCGCCGCCGAUGCCGGAGCCUACGAUCACCUGCUUGCUUCCGCCGCCAAAGCCCGGAAUGGUUCCACCCAAGUUGGAUUUGGUCCCGCCGAAGCCUUGCCGUGUCCCCUGUACAAUGCCAAACUCCAACGUCGAGUUGAUCAAUCAGAAUCCUGUCUUGACCAGGCCCGGAAUCGUCUCGCCGAUUAUCGCGAGUCCGGUGGGCAGGAAACUAGGCACGAUAUGGUCGAAAUUGGGCCCGGUGUCUACGUCGCCGUUUGUGAAGGCUCAGCAACGGCUCGGUUUCCAGCCUGUCUUUAACAACGACGCGCGUACGCAGUCCUCGGCAGAACGGCGCAUUGCCAAGGAAGUAGGCGAGAUUCAUAUGAAUACGCGAAGCUUGAUCUACGAAACGGUUAAAUUACUGGAGAUGGAACGCGCGAUCGAGGAGAGGGUAGAGAACGCGCGAUUGGAAACGAGCAUCGGUCAGGUGCUGGCCGCGCGCAACAGACUAUUUACUCAGAGGGAGCCUACCCCCAUCAUGAUACUUACCGCGGCUUUUCUGGAUGCGGAAUGCGGCGCCUGCGAAAAGGAUCCGCCGUAUUACGGUACCUGGGACUCGCGGAAACGGGCGCUCAAGUGCGCGCAACAGGAUAAGCUCUUGACGGGACAGGGCGAGAGCUACGAGCGUAUGCGCCACUUGAACGCGGCGGUACAGCGCGGCUAUCUGGGCUGCGAACCGUGCGAUACGUCGACUCCUGCGAAAUUCCCGCUGAACAAUCUCGGCGGUAACGUCGACGAAGCUGCCGGAGUUCCGAAGCAGACCAUUCAACAACUGGCGCGGCUCGUAAUGAACAGCGCGAGAUGGCGAGAGUCCGCUUCACACAACCAGCAGCACAACGUGAUUCGUCCCGCGGCCGUGGCGACUCAGCCUGCGAAUCAAGAUGUCGAGGUUCAGUUUAACGCGACUUACACCGCUCCAAAAGCGAAUGCUCCUCCCGAGAAACCACAGAGACUCAUGGCAGAGCAGAAACGAGGCUGUGACGUGGCAGCGUCUGAUGGCAAGCCGUUGGAGAACAAUCCGCAAGGAGCCAAGUUCCCGAUGGGCUUUACUACCACCAUGUUGACCGUUGAUCAGAAAGGUGUCACCUUACCGAGACAGGCGAGCGGCAGAGUAGCCAGAUCGCUAGGAUUCGUCGAAGAUAAUCCACUGAUCGACCGCAAGAACAAUGUUCGCUUCAUGGACGACGCGCUGGCCGAAUUACAGCGAAUGUAUAUCGAGCGUCAAACUGCCGCGGUGGCCGGCAACGACGGCGUCAUAAGCGCACAGAGUCGCAAUAUGAUAGAGCGCUAUGUGAGCGAACUGACGAAGAAGCCAGCCAGGGACAAAGACACGGAUUCGGACAACGACGACGAGUACCUUGACACCACUGCUAGCGUACAUCCUCCGGUGCGCAAAGGUUCGUUGACGUCGAACGGCACAGCGUCGACGGAGACUGCUCACUCGGUAAAAUCUGGUAAAGGUGGAAUUAAUAAUUGUAGGAUAAGCUAGACGGAGAGGAAAAGAAGAGGCGAGAUCUCUCUCUUUCCCUCUCGCAUAUAUAUGUAUUUUUUAUAUUUCUAUCUUUAACUUGCGCGAUAUAUCAUGUCUUCCUAAUAACUGCUCAACUGCACCGAGUUCCUCGUUACUUGUUAUUUCAUGAGAAGCAUAUUGUGUCUUUCGAUCAAUGAUAUAGUCGGAUUAACGAAGCGAAGAAUAAUCACUGUACUGUAGCUUAUUAUAGAGAUUAGUUUGAGUAAUAGCGAUAGUAAUACAAUAUUUAGUUGGGAAUAAGAUGGUUUGUAUUGGUCUUUAAGUACUCGCGUGCAAUUGCAUCGGCAGACGUGCAUCGAUGAUUCCAAUUAUUCUUUCCUCAUGCAGACUUAAUAUUACGUUUCUUUAGCAAAACAAAGAAAUAAAAGAUUUGUUAAGGUUCCAUCGAUACAAUGCGAAUAUUUCAGGAUCAGUAUAAAUCUUGUUGAUAUGGCAUCUAUUGUACUAAUUUGUUAUAUUAAUAAUAUCGCGGUCUAGUGAUUAUAUCGUUAUCAUAUAGAUAUUCAUGGAGUAACAUUCCAUAAAAACGUAUUAAGAGUAUUAAUGUGAAUCGAGCAUACAGUGCAAUGGUAUCUGUUGAGACUUCUUUAUCUCAGUUGUUUUUCUUGUUCAGAUCUUAUUAUACGAUGUUUAUCAAAUUCAUGCUAUAUAUAUAGUUUAUGUAGCCAUGGCGCGUAUAUACUACGCGUAAUAUAAUUAUGUGCAAAUUUAUUGAUUAAAUAUUUCUAGGUAUCGCGCAAGAUUAGGCAGAGGAAAUUUACUAUCCUCGUAUUUUGGAAUCCUUAUGGGAACAAUCUCACAUUUUUAUACCAUGACCAACGAAUCUAUAUACACAAUUUCGUUAUAUUUCAUGACAUGUAAAUUGUAAGAUUAGAUAGCGAGGAACGCUUAUUGGCUUUGUUUCUAAAUGUGCCAAACUAGCAAUGUGCAAAUCAAGUUUUAUUUGUAGACCAGUGCCUUAUUCGUUUUGGUAAUAAAGGAAGUAAUCUAUA